AUGCACGGCUACGACGUCCCGUUCUCCCAGUACGAAGUGAACGACAGAAAUGCCGUCCUGAGGGUCCAACCUCUGGGAGCUAUCCAGCCUAGCGGAAGUGGAUCAGGUCUGCCCGGCAGGUUUCUGCUGCAUGAUCUGCACUUCCACAUUGGUCUCGACAACACCUAUGGCUCUGAACACACCGUCGACGGCAAACCGUUCGCCAUGGAGGACCACUUUGUCCACUACAACGACCAGUUCAGGAGCUUCGAAGAAGCCGUGACGGAGAAAGGACGGCCUGGCCGUGAUUUCAGUCCUCUUCAAGGUGGGCGCGUCCGCACAAAUGCCCAUUCGGGUUUAUAAGACGUCCACAAAAACAAAGCAUGUUUAUGAGGUGGAAG